AUGGUGUUCCUCUGGGGUCUGCUCUGCCUAUCUGCUCUGCACAGCCUCCUAAGGUUUUCUUCAGCACAUGCUAUUGACCAAAAGCAGCUCUUCCUAGACAAAUAUGGGAAUCUGAGGGAUUUGAAAAGUGCUGGAAUCGCACACUCUGAUCUGCUGGGAGCCAACCCAACCCUGCCAGAUGCAAAGGUGGUCGAAUUUACUUAUGACAGCUUCCAGGAGAUUGAUGGAUCCAUGUCACCCUUCUCCACCACCACACCAGGCAUGAGGGAUGACUGGAGCACAGAAGAUGAAGCCGUAGCUGGGGCCGGAGGCUGCCCUGGGAAAAUUGCCUCUUCUGAAGAGGAAGGAGAGGCUGAAGACAAAAGCUGUGAGAUGACUUGGAAAAAGACCCAGAGGGUGGCAGAUGGCUUGAUGAAAUUCAGUAUUGAUCUCCUGCGAGAGGUCCAGCUGGAGUCCAACAGAGCCAACGUGAUCCUGUCGCCCCUCAGCAUCGCCCUCGCCCUGUCUCACCUGGCACUGGGAGCAGCAAAUCAGACAGAGAAGCAUUUGCUGGAGGUGAUGCACCUGGAGUCAGUGCCCUGUCUCCACCACAUGCUGGGCACCCUUCGCAGAAGGCUCACAGAGUCCACCCUCAGCCUUGCAGCCCGUCUGUACCUGCAGAAAGGAUUUGAGGUGAAAGAGAUGUUCCUGGAGGAGUCAGAGAAAUUUUAUGGAGCAAAGCCCAUGACCCUUUCUGGGAUCAGUGAGAAUGACCUUGAAGCCAUAAACAACUGGGUAAAGGAAGUGACUCAUGGACAAAUACCCACCUUCCUAGACGAGCUCCCUGAAAGCACAGUGAUGCUCUUGCUCAAUGCAAUCCAUUUCCAUGGAUUUUGGAGGACUAAGUUUAAUGCUAGCUUCACUGGGCCAGAUGUAUUCCACCUUGGCAAUGAGUUUGUGGUCCCAGUGGAGAUGAUGAAAGCUCACAUGUACCCCCUGAGCUGGUUUACACUGGAGUCCCAGGACAUUCAGGUGGCCAAGUUUCCCUUUAAGAGUAACAUGAGUUUUGUGGUCAUUGUACCAAACCAGUAUACUUGGAAUUCCUCUGAUGUGCUGGAGAACUUCUCUUACAAAGGACUCUGCAGGCAUUUCCCCAAGGAGGUGCCCACCACAGUGAAGAUCCCCAAAAUAAAAUUGGACUACCAGCUGGAACUCAACAAGAUUCUCAGUCAAAUGGGCCUCCAGGAGCUGUUCACAAGCCCAAAUCUCCAAAAGAUCUCAGAUGAGCCUCUCUUUGUAUCCAGUAUACAGCAUCAGUCUACCAUGGAGCUUAAAGAAGAUGGGGUGGAAGCAUCUGCUGCUACCAGUGUCAUGCUGUCACGCUCAGUCUCUGCCUUCAGCCUUGACCGCCCCUUUGUCUUCAUUAUCUUUGAAGAUGAAACAGGCAUCCCACUUUUUAUAGGCAGUGUCCAGAACCCCAACCCCAGUGCUACUCCCCAGAUCCAAGACGCACAGGACUCACAUGAAAAAACAGAUGGCAAAGAGUACCACAUUCCCAAAUAGGAGAGGAGCAGAGCCUAAGUGUUCUGGGACCGCUA